AUGGCCAAGUUGCUCAUAGCGCUCGCGGCUUUCGGUUUAUCGCAAUGUCAGAGAAUGGAAGGGGUGACUCCAUACGAAUUGGAGCACUUGGACGAUUUGAAAAUUGCGGCCGGCUUCGGCGAUGCGCAGCAUCGGGGCCCCAACUGGUACUCCAUGAGUUCCGAGGAGUCUGAAACCUCACCGGAACACUUUAGCAGUGAGUCGACCAGCUCUGCCUCUACAGAGUCGCGAAGCAGAAGCGAAACUGAAAGUGCCUCCUCGAUAGAAUCCAGCGAAGAAAAGAGAGCAACCCGUGUCUAUCGCACGUGCACACCGUGCGCCCACGACAUGCUGAAGAAACAUACGAAUCUCGGCAUCAAAUGGAUCUGCGGGGCCUACCAGCGCGCGCGGCGCACCUUCAAGAGCGAGUGUAUGAUGCGAUUCAGGAACUGCCAGGAUGGAACUAUGUUCGUAAAGGUGUCGGAUGCCCGCUGCAAGAACGAUACGUAUCACGGACGACAUUGGUUCUACAUCUAUAAAGUU